AUCGGUGUGCGAUGGUUUAGCCACAGUGGUCGCUCUCCGUGGAGCAAACUGCGUCGUUUGUUUAUGAUAAUAAUAAAUUAGUAUCAUCUUAAUAACUCACACGCGCAGAUCGGCAGUGUGUUUGGCAUCGAAUAACCUAUAUCCAUAUCCGUAUCCAUCAUAACCGUGAAUAUGCCGAUGUAAAAUGAACGCAUUGCGCAAUAUUUUUACCUCGCGUACCCUCAACUAUCUACGCCAGAAUGGACAAAACGCGAUCCUCAAUGCCACACAACAACAAGGACCAGUGCCACUGUCCGAUGCCGAUGCGGACAAAGCGCUGAAUGACGUCCAACGAUCGACGCUAUCCAUACCGCGCUCCAUACUCGACGCCUGUCGUUUUACGGCCAAACCGUUCGAGAUUACAGGUAGUGUAGCUGGAGCCAAGCCAAAGGGUUCAUUAUCGCCGACCACGUUGAAACGCUUCCGGCGCAUGCAGCGACGCAUGGAGAUCGUGUACCUUUGCAAGUUGUGCAAUACACGCAAUACUAAGACCAUCAGCGAGGAGGCCUACAAUAGUGGCGUAGUCAUACUACAGUGCGAUGGUUGUGCCGUCGAUCAUUUGAUAAAGGACAAUCUGGGUCUGUUCUCCAAUAGAGAUGGCAGCAGCAGCGGCAGCAUGAAUAUCGAUGAGGUCCUAUCGAAUCGGCAGGAGCGAGUGCGCAUCAUCAAAGUGAAUGAGCAUGGUGAACUGAUCUAGUUCUAUGUCUAGUCAGGACAGCGAUGCAGUGUCGUCGUGUCGUCAACGCUUGGAAGCAGAAGAAGAA